UUAGAUUUCACCCAGAUAGUGGAGAAGAAACAAUUAGCAGCCUCUAGCUUAGCUCCAUUUCCAUCGGUUGUUAAUUACUUUCCUCAAUCGGCCGGCCAGCCGGCAGGAGAAAGAUCUAGAGAAGAAGAAGAAGAAGAAGAAGAGGAUGGGGAGGGGGAAGAUUGCGAUUGAGAGGAUCGACAACACAACGAACCGUCAGGUGACCUUCUCCAAGCGGCGUGGAGGGCUGAUGAAGAAGGCCCGGGAGCUUGCCAUCCUUUGUGACGCCGAUCUCGCACUCAUCGUCUUCUCUAGCACGGGUCGCCUCUAUGACUUCGCGAGCUCCAGUGGAAUGGAGGCAAUACUAGAGCGGUACCAGGAGGCAAAAGAGGAGCACUGCGGAGUGUUGAAUCCAACAUCUGAGGCAAAGUUAUGGCAGAGGGAGGUUACAACCUUGAGGCGGCAAGUGCAGAACUUACACCACAAUAAUAGGCAAUUGUUGGGAGAGGAGCUAUCUGGUACCACUGUUCGAGAUCUGCAGUUUCUGGUGAACCAGGUUGAGAUGAGCCUUCAUUCCAUAAGAAAGAGGAAGGAGCAAGUUAUGGCUGCGGAGAUCCACGAACUCAACCAAAAGGGAUUGCUUGUUCAGAAGGAAAAUAUCGAACUUGACAAGAAGCUGAGUAUUGCUCAUGAGCAGAACAUAGAGCUGCGGAAGCAGCUUUCCGCGGCCAUGAAAUCGAGUGAGCAGCAAGCCUGCGGAAGCAGCUCAAAAGCUGCUGCCGGAUUAUUGUUGUCUACUAGAGUACGUGAACCAAAUAUUGACCUUGAGUUGCGCCAGCAGGAGCAUGAGGAUGAAUAACAUCUACUAUACGUCCACUGCAUGCACGUCAAGCCGUUAACUGUAUUUUCAGUGCAUGCGUGACCGAACGAAGCUCUUUCGUGUGCAAUUUGCACCUGGUAUGUAGAAACAAUCUUGAAGCACACACCUGCUUAGAGCCAUAUAUAUUUUUUGGUGUAAUAUAUAGAAGCAGCAGACGUAGUAUGUAUGUGAGUCUAAUUACUCGAUAUACACAAGGAGGCAAGAGAAGAUCAAGUAUAUUAUGAACGGACAUGUUUCCCAAACUUAAUCAUGUUUUUGGUUACUUGUAUAUGUUGAUCACAAUUCAGAACCUAAUUAAUGAGCUUCUGUUUUUUGCGUGGGACCUAAUUAAUGAGUUGAAUAUGGAGCUACUAAGUUUUUGUUGCGAGUCAGAUAUCGGCCGUCUACAGAUAUUUGCACAACUUUGGAGGUCACGGUGUAUUAUGUGUUUAGGAAUGGAUGAGAGUAUCCCCAUUUCCAUGCGUUUGAGAUUAUUAGCCACUAGCAGUAUAGUCAAUCCUACCCUAUCAUGUUCUCAUAAGCCCUUCUUUUACUCCGAUAGUAUUCGGAUAACAAUUGAUGCAAAGAAAAUGGAUACAUUUUCAUAUUAUGAUGAAAAGGCAAGUGUAAUAAAUAGAGAAUCCGAUUGUGUCAUGACUUAUUGUUCCAUUUCUACUCUAUGAGAUCUUACGGAAUCUGUUCAUGGAUGACAUGGUUGAGGUAUGAUCAUAAAAAAUAUUCUCCUCCAGUGAACAAGGCUAUCCUACGUAGGUAGGGGGGACUUGCGUGUUGACAUGGUAAAAGACCCACCCUAACAUGCGGCCAUGUAGAGAAAAUGGCUCAUACAUUUCCGUUAUAUUAUGAUACUUACAUCCAAUAAUUAUUUUGCAACUAUACAAUAAAUCAUAUGUAUUUUAGUUUUAGCUCUCAUAUUCAUGUUCCACACAAUCAAAAUUCAAAAAAUAUAUUGCAAUACCCAUAACAAUGCACAGGGUAUGAUCCAGUUUGAGGAGUGAUUGUGCCGAUAUACAAUUGAUCGAUGCCCCAGAUGGAAUUAGCUGGCUUCAUAAUGCUAAAAGAUUUUCAGUGAAGGUUCUUUUUAAUCAUGCUCUUACGUUGAAUGGAGUAAUUGGCUUGUCAUGUUUUUUGGGGUUUUUUAUUUGGUUGGUUCUAGAAGAUAGUAUUUUAACCAAGGGUGUGGUUAGGAAAAGAGGAUGUAAGGUGAUGAUCUUUGUCUCUUUUUUGGGCCACACAAAAGCAAAUACCACCAUUUUCUUUCAUUGCCCGAUUGCAAAAUAUAUCUGGAAUGUGGUUUGACGUGUUGGUGGCUACUUUUUGCAAGUCUUAAGCGCCAGUUAACUAACUGACGCUCAUGCGUGGCUAGCACGGGCCAUAGCCCAAAUAACGAGCGAACGGCUCGGUCACUGGGUUGCACUAGCAAGCUAAAAAGAUCAUCUAGAAAAACCAGUAAUUGUUGGUUUAGAAAAAUCUGACAUCUGGUCUUUUAUAGAUGACAAAAUGCAUAUAUUUAAAAAAUAUUAGCAGAUUUUCUAGGAGUUCAUGAAUUAGUUUUUUUCAAUGAACUUCAAUACUGCUCGUGAAUUUGAAAAAAAUCAUGAAUUGGAAACAAUGUUCAUGAAUUUGAAAAGAAUUUGAAUUAGAAAAAGGUCAACAACUUAAAAGUUGUUCAUGAAUUUUAAAAAUUGUUCAUUAAUU